AUGACAUCUAAAAUUACUGAGACAAUCCAUGAUAAGCUUCCCGAUGGCACUGAUGUAACCAUUCUUCCUUACAACUCUGUCGACGAGGCCUCUGAAGAACUCGUACAAAGUCUCCAGGAUCUUAUGAACGAAGUUAUUGAAGAAGGUACUACGUAUGUCCAGGAUCAGACUUUUGAUAGACAAGGCUUUCUUAAUUACUACUUUUCAUAUUUCGUCGCAGUGAUGGUGGAGGGGAAUGUUAGGGAUGCCCAAGCACUUGAUAUGUCCAAGAACCGAUUGCUAGGUUGCUUCUACAUCAAGCCUAACUACGUAGGCAGAUCGGCACAUAUCUGCAACGCGGGAUUCUUGGUUCCAUUAAAUCUGAGAGGACGUAAAAUUGGUAAAACUAUGGGUAAGAAUUAUAUCAAGAUUGCUUCUAGGCUAGGAUAUAAGUACAGUGUGUUCAAUUUAGUUUAUGCGACAAAUGUCGCCAGUUUAAAAAUUUGGGACGAUCUCGGCUUUCAACGUAUAGGUAGAAUUCCGAACGCCGGACAAAUGAAGGGACAAGGCUAUGUAGAUGCGAUUAUGUUUGGGUACAAUUCGGAUACCGAUUCGGCUACUGAAUCUGACGCUGAUUUUGACUCGAAUUACGAUCUCGAUAUGCCGAAUUCUUGCUUAUUCUCUUCCCAAUUAGAGAAAAACGAACGAUCCAAUAUUAUGAGUCUCGUUGUAUUGAUUACAUCUAACCAGAUCAACAAGAAAACUGGUUCAACAUCUAAAAAUCUUUGUAACUUUUUGACAGAUAUGGUUCGAAGAUCCCAUAUAUCCCUAGAUCAAUACAUGACAAAUCUUGUCAUUAUGCAAAGAUUGUUUGCAAAUGAUGAUACUGCUGACUGCCAAUUCUUCAACGAUACCCGAAAACUGAUUCUCUAUUCUUUCAUGUUGGGGUCUACUACAAGUAGCAACAUUGAUUUUGAUCACUGGUGUGAGGUUACUGGUCUUUCAAAGUCACAGCUCGCCUCAGAGCUGGUGGAAUUGGGUCACGCUCUGGGAGGCUUACAUACUAUUAAGACGGUAUCGCUAGAGGAUUUACAGGUCAUGAAGGACUCUUUGAAGUCCGAGGUUAAGAAGUAUGUCAAGGUUAUUUAG